AUGGACUGCCUGGUGUGCUCAGGGCGCCUGCCCGUGCAGACUGCUUUUAAUCGCAUGGCUGCUAUACAGGAGGAAAUUGCGCGAAUUGAUGACCAACUUGCUACACUUUAUUUGACUGAGAAUAUGGCGGCGACGUCCCCAAAGGAGGCACCCACCGACGAAUCGAUUGAUCAAACGAUAGCCCACAUGCUUGCAGUCGAACUGUGCCAACUCUCCGCGUCAGGUGACACGGUUGGCAUACGCGUUCUGCUUAGUGGUGGGGCGGAUUGCAAUUGUGUUGAUUAUCACGGGCGCACACCUCUGCAUCUUGCCUGUCUUAUGGGACACGUCACGGUGGCUAGGGUUCUUCUUGAGUUCGGCGCCGACGUGACGGCAACAGACAAAGAGGGCAAAACUCCGAUGGAUCUUGCGGUUAGAAGCGACACGCGAGAAAUAGUGGAGCUCCUAAUGAGUCACUGCAUCUGUGAUUCCUCUGGUGGUGCUCGCAGCCCCCCGCAGGAACUCGAUGGUGUACUGGGUGAGGGUUUGCAAGAAGAUUCUCCUCUGACAGCAACACAUCCAGACUUUUCCAGUCUUCCACGACCCAUGAUGGGGAGCCUUAUUGUAAUAAUGGUGGGACUUCCAGCGCGUGGGAAAAUGUACACUGCGCGGCAGAUUCAGCGCUACUUUCAGUGGAACGGAUUGCAAAGUUCUAUUUUCACCUACGACAAUUAUGUGCAUCAACUAGCGCCAAGACAACCCGCUUCUUGUGACAUAACACAGGACGUAGAUAUGGAAUUGCGGGUAGCAAAGGCCAUUGCGCACGACAUGACACAUUUCAUUCACCAGGAAGACGGCGUUGCUGUACUUGCUGGAAGCAAUGUUACUUCGGUCCGUCGCAUGGCCUUAUUUAACGCAGUGAUGGAAACGGGGCACAUCCGACAGGGACGCGUCGUGUUUGUUGAAGUUAUUAACACAGUGUCUGAACGUAUACGGAACAACGUUCUUCUUGCGAAGGAAAUGGUCACUGGCGCCUCCGACAGGUUUGUCGAAGAGUAUUAUGAAAAAAUGGAGCAGUUGGAGGCCGUGUACACCUCACUUGACCCCGUUGUAGACAAGGACCUUACAUACAUUCGCGUUGAAAAUGGAGAGGUUUUUUCACUCAACAAUAUAUCCGGGUGGAUGCCUUCACGCUUGGCGUAUAUGCUGCACAACUUGAACCCAUGCUCUCACAAUAUUUACCUCACACGCUCUGGAGAGUACAUCGAUCUCGUUGACCAGCGUAUCGGCGGAAACUCACCACUCACGGAGCGGGGUAGAGCAUAUGGUAGGGCGAUAUUUGAGUACUUUCGCCGGGAACAUGGAGCAGAGCGGUUUGUUGUGAUGAGUAGUUGCGCCGUUCGCUGUACGGAAACUGUACAUUACUUUGAUAAACGCAACGAGCUGUCGCAAGAUCCAUAUUUUGCAUCUGGUUCAACCAGCCCAGCCGUGAAUUGUCGUGUGUCGUACCUCCCUACACUCGACGACAUCAACCGUGGGGAUUGUGAGGGAAUGCUUUUAUCCGAUGUGCGACGUACGAUGCCUGGGACGCUUAGGAAUAUUUUGGAUGACCCCUACCUGACCGCGUGGCCUAACGGCGAGUGUACACACCAAGUGUUUAAUGCGCGACUUGAGCCGCUCAUUCACGACAUUCAGGCAAGUGACCACUCUGUUCUCGUAGUUUCACAUCUCCAUCUUCUUCAAGGCCUUUACUCCUACUUUGUCUGCAAGGACGGCAACGUGAUCGCCCCGCAAAAUGCGUACACAAUUGAUAUACCGCUGGAAUGUGUGGUGAAGAUUCGACGUGUGGGUGACAACCGUGUGGCAGAGAUAAUUGAUCUUUCCCAUGAGGUUGACCGCAUUGCGCAGCUCUACCAUGGGGGCGCUCAACGGCACUGCCGCCGCACAGAGGACUUCAACAAACUUUGA